AUGGUUGCCUUCAACACUCUUCUCAUCUUCGCCUCAUCCCUGGUCCCUCUAGCCACUGGCGCUGCCCUUCCCACUCAUGAAGACUCCCCCUCACCAGGCGUCAAAAUCAAGACAAGUCGUGGGACGACUACCACCGCCAAAACGGGGCCUUUGCAAGGCAAGGCCUCUGCCUCUUCUACCUCGACCCUUCUCCCCGCGACGGCGCAUGGGCCUGCGGCGUCUACUGCAAAAACGACCGCACCAAAAUCUGCACCACCAGAGAUCGGAGAUGUUAGGUGUGAGAUUAUGAAUGUUAUGAAGGAGGCUGUUUUUGCGAGCACGUAUGCUAUUCCUGGUGUUGGGCCUGUUGCUACUGCUGCUAGGACUGUUGCGAAGGAAGUUUUGACGGUGGUUUCUCUUGGCUGGGAGAUGUUUUGUCCAUAUAUGUCUUUGGAUUUGGCUCGAGAUCGGGGAAGGUAG